AUGAGUGAAGCAGGUGAUAUCAUCCAACCAACUAUUGAUACUAACACAAAAAAUGUCAAUAUCGAAGUAGCAGCUCGUGAACCGUGGCCUUUGAACGCGUUUCUGUAUGUUCCAUUGAAAGAACAAAUGGUCCUCUGGGCACCUGAAUGUUUGACAACACUGUGUUUGCUACGUAAAGCACGCGUCCCAUCGUUAACUAUCGAACACGUUCGUAACGCAGCGGAAAUGUCGAAUUAUGGAAGUCCGCCUGUCUUAGCUUUGAACAACCGAGCGUUCAGUGAAUUCGAUGAGAUUGCUAAUCUGAUCGAGCUUAAAGGACUGUUACCGAGCAAUGAUGGACAAAAUUCCACAGUUGAUAGUUAUUCAAUCUUAUGCACUGAAACACUUGGCUCAUUGAUGAAAUACUUUCUACUCUGCGAAAAAGCUGGAAUAACUGCGUAUCAAUCGUUUACAUCCGUAUAUCCUUGGCCACUUGGUUUCAUUCUCUAUUUAAUCUAUCGAAAACAGACGAUUAAAGCAUUACAAGUCAAAGAAAUCUGGUCUUUGUCUUACGAACAAUAUUUUGCUCUGCAGGCAUUAAAUAAAUUCGAAACAACGGUUAAAGCACUGUCAGAUAAGAUUCAGCAGAAUAAUUCAAAUUAUCUUCUCGGUGACAAUUUUACGAAAGCCGAUGCUCAUCUCUAUGGUCAUUUGUAUCCUAUACUUCAUUCGAGGGUGGCUGAAUAUGAAGCAUUACGAAAUGCGCUUGAAAAAUUGCAACCAUUGGUGAACUACGUGAAUAACUUAGAAAAAGAUGUUCACGGACUGACUGUCUUAGUGUCAUGA